AGUGAAGGUGGAGGAAGGAAAAUGCGAAUCUUUGGCAAGAAGGAGCAAGACAUCAAGGAAGUGGCAAAGCAGCAAGGCAGAGAAAUCAAGAAGAAUGAGCGCGAGAUCGAAAGAGAAAAAAUGGCCCUCCAGCGCGAGGAAAGACAGCUUGUGAUCGAGAUCAAGAAGGCAGCAAAGGAAGGGCAAGACAAGAUUGUAAAGACUUUAGCAAAGCAGCUCGUCAGAGUCCGAGAGCAGCAGAAUAGAAUGACUAGCAUGAAAAGUCAAGUGCAAGGAGUCAGAAACUCCAUGACGCUUGCCGCGUCUCAGCAGAAGAUGGUACAGAGCAUGGCGGGGAUAUCUAAGGCAAUGGGCAAGAUGAAUGCGCAAGUUGACAUCGAGCAAAUGAACAGAGUCAUGCAAGAAUUCCAGAGAGAGAGCGAGAUCUCUGACAGCAAACAGGACAUGCUCGAUGAGGCAUUGGAAAGCAUGUUUGAUGAAGACGGCUUCGAGGAGGAAGCAGACUCGUUAACCCAGCAGGUGCUGGAUGAGAUCGGGAUCGACUUUGCUUCGCAAGUCGCAAACCCCUCACGCGGUGCACUGCCCGCCCGCGAUCAGGGUGUGAGCGAGAAGGACGAGAUAGACGAUCUGGAAAGCAGGCUAGCAGCAUUGAAAGGCUGAGCUAGCCGACUCUGGUUGGAAUCAUGGGGAUCUACAAAGUACUGCUUGCCUUCAGUUAGUGCGGGUAAACUUGCUUUGACAGAGUAGGAUUCGACCAGUAGCCAGGCAAAGGGGAGUGCAUCGUUUCUUCAUUUUUAAUGAAUUUUACCAUGUCAAUCUC